AUGGAUAAAGGGAUUGACGUGGCACAUAGUGGUUCUACAAACAAGUCUUCUGGAUUAGGAUUGGGAUCAUCGAACACAAGCUCACUGCCAUCACCGCCACGCUCUUCGACGUUUGCCCCUGAGCUGAAGUUCAAUGCAACCUCGAUACGAGCUUCCCUGACGUCGACCUCUCCCGAACUUACGCUGGUAGGCUACGAUCAAUCCUUUGUAGUCUCACCAACCGAUCACAUCCUCCUUCAUCUAUCAGAAAGGGAGCAGAAGCGGUUGAGUGAUGGCUCUAUUUUCAGUUUAUCAAAGUUCCCCACGGCGCCAUCCGUCAUCGAGCCAGUGGACAUUGAUAUGACCCGCCCACUUUCCUUUCCUCACGCCCAGAGGUACGAAUUCGGUGGAACCUGGAUGCUUGAGACGCCAUUUCUACAGCAGUAUCCGUUCGGAACGCAAUAUUCUCGGCGAGAGCGGUCGCCCUCGCCAACAAGCAUAAUCGACAUCGACGAAUGCGAUCCUGAAAACCCCAGCUGCACAUACCAAACGCCAACAAACGCUAAUCCGCGAGCUUUCCAGUCUGCCUUUGCCACCAUUCCGGAAGAAUCGUCUGUUAGUUCACAAAAAACUGCUGACACUGGUCGGUUGCAGUACGACUCGCCUCCAGUCUCACCCAAAACGUUGUCCCCACCAAGUUUCACAUUAGGUGCUCACUCGGCAUAUAACCUGCCCAUUCAUGCUACCAUCAUCCCCGAGGAACCAGCCGAUACUAUCGACCCAUCAAUGACCAGCAAGGAUGAUUUUAGCAUGCUCAACAGCAGUUUUGAUGAGGGCAAUGUCAGUAUCUUCAAAUCUCCAAAUAGUAGUUGGCCGAUUCUGGCAAUACCGACGUCACCGGACUCCGCACGAUCGAUGUUCGACCCUCUUCUCGACGCUGCAUUCACAUCGAGCCCGCUGAGUGUGAAAACUUCUGACUCGCCUACGAUAGGUCGUGUGGGUUCUGUGCAGUUUAGCUCCAACUACACCCUGCCUUCGCCAUCACCAUCGCCUACAUCCUCGCCUAUAGAGCUUCCAAGCCCUGUAUUCCCUUGUUCGCCAUGGCCAAACCAUGCUCAAUUACCGAACAAUAAUCUCUCCAUCAACUUUGCCGAAUUACCAAGGCUCACCCCUCCGUCGCACGGACCACGCGGACCACGGGGCUCCCCUCCUCGGCCACUGCGCUCAUCCAUCGCCGCACUAAGGCGGAUGAACUCUGACGCAGCAGAUGCCAAGAAAGCAAAGACCGGACGGGGCGAGCGACGAUACCUUAGACUGGGCCGAGAAGAUAGCAUGCAAGUCCCCGGCGACGAGAGCUGGCUCGACGAACUAGAAGACGAAUGUUCUGUUGAACUCGACGAAGUUGAAGGUAGGAGGCUAGUCGGCAGUAUAAUAGAAGACUACGACGAAGGAUGUACCAUGCUGGAUAUCAACGAGGACACAAGCAUGACAUCCAUCUCUUCCGCCCAACCCGAGCGCUCCACAAACGUAGGCAUAGUAGAAGAAGAUCAAACCACAGCAGACGCAUCCCAGCGCUCCAGCAGCAUCUGGGAAGAAAGUGAGAAAUUCUGGACUUCAAACACCCCAGCCCCACCGUCCUCUCCCACUAAACCAAAAGAUCGCUAUAAACCUCUUGCAUCAUCCCCUCUCGCCACUCCCUACACACCGCUCUCGAAACAGGGCAGGAAACGCGACUUUGAAGUCGCAAAGGAUGCUUCGUCACCGAAACAGGAAGACGAAGAUUCGUGUACGCAUUCGCAUACUAAGAAGAACAGAGAUAGUAAUGGCAGGAGGCAUAGUUCGCGGUAUAGGAAGCGCAGUGCUCUGGGCGUGGGGACGCCGAAUGUGCGCAUUCAGGUUACGAGUCCGAAUGGGAGGGUAGUAGGGGAUGGGUUCGGGACGCCGGGGAGUUUGUAUGACGCUGAUGGUUUCUUGAGGUAG